AUAAAUUUUUGCCAUUAAUCAAUCUCAUUAAUGAGCAUAAUAAUGUGUUUAUUUACCUAACGCUUUUUCACCUUCUUAGUUUAUUAACCAUUGAAGAAACGAUGAAUUAAACUACUAUGGCUGCUGCAAUAUCAUAAACCAUUCUGAUCAACUGGAAUAGAGAUCAAACAUGGCAACUAACCAUCUCACUGCUAUUUCUCAACCCAAAUUCUACAAGAUAAUACUUUCUCCACAUGAAUGCAGUCGUCUAAGAAUUCCACAAGAUUUUGCCAGUAGAUAUUACAACAACAUGCAAAGCCCCGCACGUCUUGAGGUUCCUAGUGGAGAAGUAUGGAAGGUUGAAGUUGUUAAGUCUGAAGGCCAAAGUUGGCUAACAAAAGGAUGGCAAGAUUUCAUUGACUAUUAUUCAGUAAAAUGUGGCCACUUUUUGAUGUUCGGAUACAAUGGCCAUUCCCAUUUUAACGUCACCAUAUUUGAUAUGAGUGCAUCAGAAAUUGAAUAUCCUUGCGGUGCUCCCCAUGGUACACACACUACUGAGUCAGAUGAUUCUGUAGAGAUCCCAGAGGGUAUCCCAAGAAGCCACAAAGCGAAAACGAAAAGUUCAGAUAUGGUUGAAAAUUCUGUUGAAAACGUAGGCCAUUGUUUAUUAGGAAAGGCCAACAAAAGAAAACGUGUUUCAGUUGAUAUGUUGCAAGAGGGAGUAGCUUCACCUUCGUCCACGAAAAAGAGCCAAAAAAUUGGCUAUCCACGCCGCUCUGCCCAUGAUACACGCACCACCGAGUCCGAUGAUUCUUUAGUAAUCUUAGAGGGUAUCCCAAGAAGCCACAGACGGAAAGAGAAAAUUCCGGUUGCGGUUGAGGAUUCUGUCGAGGUCAUAGCCCAUUGUUCAUCAGGAGGGUCCAGCAAAAGAAAAGGACGAGAAGGCGAUGAAGAGAACAAUGUUUCUGUUGAUAUGCACUUCAAAAGAAUGGAGGUUGAGGAGUUGCCAGGGGAUGUAGCUUCACCUUCUUUCUCAAGAAAGGGCCAAAAAAUUGGAUAUCCUCACAGUGCUUUAAGUUACUCAUUUUGUUCCAUUAACCCCGAACCCACAAACCCACAAACUUGGAAUCCUGGCUCCGCCUCUGGUGCUGCCCAUGGUACACGCACCAGUGAGUCGGAUGAUUCGAUUGAGAUUCUAGAGGGAAUGACAAGAAGCUACAAAGUGAAAGCAAAAGUUUCAGAUAUGGUUGAGCAUUCUGUUAAAAACAUAGGCCAUGCUUCGUUAGGACAUGCCAGCAAAAGAAAAAGACAAGAGGAUGAAGCUUCACCUUCUUUCACCAAAAAGGGCCAAAGUAAGAAUAUGAUAACUGACAUUCUAUCACGAUUCACAGAAAGCGGAGAACUUUGUUGGAUGCACAAGCAACAAUCCAAGAUUUUUAAUGAUAAGAACAAUACAGUAAUGGACAAGGAAAGGAGUAUAGCUUAUCAAAGAGCAAAAGCUUUUAAAUCUAAGAAUCCGUUGAUUAGAAUUUUUAUGCGGCCGUCAUAUGUCUUCCUUCGAACUGAUCUGUCUGUACCGUCGACAUUUGCUAGGAAGUAUUUCCUGGAGAAUUCGGGAGAUUUAGUGCUUCAUGUUCCUGGCAGGGGAACUUGGUCUGUCAAAUGUACUCUUGGAUCAUUUAAUGCUAAAAUCCAUUCUGGUUGGAGAGAAUUCGCGGCGGACAAUGAGUUAAAAAUUGGUGAUGUUUGUAUCUUUGAAGUGAUCAAGGGCACUCCACUCUUGAUUGAUGUCACCAUAUUUCCAGCAGCUGGGAGCACACCAAUGCAAAAGAUAGCUGGAGAAGUGCCAGGGGUUUCUGCUAGUAAAAACAAGAUUAUCGGAACAGAUAAUUCUGUUCAACCCAAAGUAGUUCAGACCAAAAAAUUAAAAAAGCUGAGAGGAGUUUCAUAUGGUUCCAAUUCAAAAAUUAAAGAAGAACAUGGUGAAGGCACUGGGAUUGAGCAUUCUGUUGAGAGGCUCGGCAAUUGUCAGGGUAGCAAAAGAAAAAGACUCGAAGGGGAGGCAGAGACUGAUGUUUCAAUUGAUAGAACUAUCAAGGUGGAAAAGUUGCAACAAGAUGUAGCUUUGUCUUCUUUCACAAGAUUGACCAUGAAAAGCGGAGAAAGUUGCAGGAUGCACAAGCAACAGGACAAGAUUGUUAAUGACAAGAACAAGAUAGUAAUGGACAAAGAAAGGAGUAUAGCAUAUCAAAGAGCAAAAGCUUUUAAAUCUAAGAAUCCAUUCAUUAUACGUUUAAUGCAACCAUCGUACAUCUCCAGGUCCUACAAUUUGAGGAUACGGUUCACAUUUGCUAGGAAAUAUUUGCGGGAGAACUACAACAAUUUAGUGCUUCGUGUUCCAGGCAGGGGAUCUUGGUCUGUCAAAUGCCAUCUGAGAACAUAUAGAGCUGAAAUUCUCGAUGGUUGGAAGGCAUUCGUGCUGGAAAAUAAGUUAAAAUUAGGUGAUGUUUGUGUACUUGAAGUGAUUAGGGGCACUCCGCUUUUUAUAGAUGUCACUAUAUUUCGUGAAGCUGGGAGCAUGCCAAGUCAAAAGAUAGAUGGGGAAGUGCCAGAGGUUUCUGCUAGUAAGAACAAGAUUAUCAAAACCGAAAAUUCAGUUCAAUGUUCUCAACCAGAAAUAGUUCACAGCAAGAACUGAAUCUUGAAAAGCAAAAGAAAGCAGAUUCAUAUGAUUUCACUUCAAAAAUCAUAGAAGAAUACGGUGAAGGCUCUGGAAGUGUGCGCAAUAACCUACGGUGAGUUCCGGUUAGAAGGAGUUUGUGCUAGACAAUAACCUAAAGUAGGCGAUGUUUGUGUCUUUGAGUGGCGUUAGUAGAUCCAAACUCUUGUUCAAUGUCAUUAUCUUUCAUGAUGCUAAAGGGUGUGUAAAGACGGUUUCACUUGUUUAGUACAUCAAACUCAAUGUUUUGAAAGGGAAGAAAUUAACAAUGUUUAUGUGGUUUCUUACUUAUGGUCUCUCUUAUUUUGUAAUCCUUGAGUUCUUGUGAAGAGUUGAGC